AUGAUGGGGCUGACUUCGGAGCUCACGCUCAAAUUCAAGAUCGCUUUGACAUUCCACGCCUCGCUUGCAUUCUACAAUGUUUUCCUCCACCCGCUCCGAGGCUACGCAGGCCCCAAGCUCGAUGCAGCCUCACAGCUCGUUUACGUCUACCACAUGCUGAAAGGCGACAGCUGCAAGUAUAUUGCCAGUCUUCACGAGAAAUACGGGGAGGUUGUCCGAACUGGUCCGAACGAAAUCUCAUACAUGAGCGUCUCGGCAAACAGGACAAUCUUUGGGACCAAGACGACGGAAGAUAUGGCCUUCGAGAAAAACCCGGCUGUCUAUAUCCAGGGAUCUGGAGCUGCCUCGAACAUUCUGUUUGCGAGUACUCGAGAGUAUCCACGCUUCAAGAAACUGAUGGCUCCUGCGUUCUCAGAGCAGGCCAUCAAAGAGCAAGAGCCGAUGAUCCAGCAAUACACCAGUCUCCUGAUUCACUCCUUACGGCAUAACCGAUCAGGAGAAGCAUACUACCCCGACAAAGAUGGCAUUGUGAACAUGGGAGCAUGGGUCAAUUUUAUCAUUUUUGACAUUCUUAGUUCCUUGUCCUUCGGAAAGCCCGUGGGAUGUCUCCCGGCCGCUGAUUAUCACCCAUGGGCAUAUGUGAUCUUCGGGGCGAUGAAACAUUCCCACUUCGUGCAAUGCGCCCAUAGGCUCAAGCCAUACCACCCGAUUUUCCAAAAGCUCAUCCCCGAUGAUAUCAGUGCGCCAUAUGAAACUCACAUGGAGAAUGCUCGGAAGUACCUCAGAGAAAGGGAACAGGAUAGGAACGUUUCCCGGGCAGACUUUGCAUCCUUUAUCUUGAAAGGGAUGACAGAAGAUGAACUUCUGGACAAUAUCAACAUCUUGGCCACUGCAGGAAGUGAGACUACCGCGACUACCAUUUCUUCGAUCCUCUACUAUCUCGUCCACAAUCCGAAAAGUUAUCACAAACUGGUUGAUGAGAUCAGGUCAACCUAUGUCUUGGAGGAAGAGAUCACAUUCAAUUCCGUCAACAGCCUUGGAUAUCUUAAAGCUGUCAUCCAGGAGACUUUCCGAAUCCACCCAUCUGUCCCAGUUGGUUUGCAUCGAAUCACACCGAAGUCAGGCAGCCACAUUGAUGGGAAAUGGGUGCCGGGAGGGACGUGGGUAUCAGUGGCACUCCUCGCAGCCUAUAGGUCCCCGAGGUAUUGGCGGCGCCCAGAGGAGUUCAUUCCAGAGCGAUGGCUCGGAGACCCCGAAUUCGAAUCAGACAAUCGGCACAUCUGGGCGCCAUUCUCUAUUGGACCGAGAAAGUGCGUUGGAAUUAAGUACGUGUUUUCCCCAGCCCGAAUAUUCCCAAGGUGUGCUGAUUGGCGGGCUCUCAGUUUGGCGUAUCUGAACAUCCGCCUGAUCAUUGCCCGGUUACUUUGGAACUUUGAUCUUGAAGCAUGCCCGGACAAUAUUGAUCCGCAUGAGAUGAAAGAGUACGGGGUCUGGCAGGGUCUAGUUCCACUGAAUCUGAAGAUCCAUGAUCUACGCGCUGCCAAGUGA